ACGGCAAUUCGCAUUUCUCAUCUCUUAAAAUGGAAGCUCUGCGCUCCGCCACCGCGAACUCUCCCAUCAACUAUUCCAAAUUCUCCCCAAACUACCACGUCAGAACAUCCUCCGGCCGCCUCCCCUGCUCCCGCCGAAAUCCCUCAAUAUGCGCCACUCUGUCAAAACAGGGAUCGGAGAUUCUUCCAUCUUCCCCAAGGGCUCCUCCCUCUCCCGUUUCUGAGCCGCUGUUGAGAGUUUCCCCGGCUUCUCUCCAGUACGAGAGCGGUUUUUUGCUGCAGAAUGAGAAUAUGGGUAAUGGUGCUGAUACGGAAGGUACGCUCACUGCUAUGGAGUAUCUCACCAACAUUCUGGCGUCCAAGGUGUAUGACGUGGCGUAUGAGUCUCCAUUGCAGCUGGCGGCCAAGCUGUCUGAGAGGUGGGGAGCGAAUAUCUGGCUUAAGAGAGAGGAUCUACAGCCCGUUUUCUCAUUCAAGCUUCGAGGUGCUUAUAAUAUGAUGGCUAAACUUCCAAAAGAGCAGCUUGAAAGAGGGGUGAUUUGUUCCUCAGCCGGAAAUCAUGCUCAAGGGGUAGCAUUAUCUGCACAGAGAUUGGGAUGCAAUGCUGUAAUUGUGAUGCCUGUAACUACUCCAGAGAUUAAGUGGAAAUCAGUUGAAAGACUUGGGGCCACUGUGGUGCUCUUAGGUGACUCUUAUGAUGAAGCUCAGUCUCAUGCUAAAAAGAGAGCAGUAGAGGAGGGCCUCUCAUUUAUACCUCCUUUUGAUCACUCUGAUGUAAUCAUAGGGCAGGGAACGGUUGGAAUGGAGAUUGUGAAGCAGAUGACGGGCCCAAUAGAAGCUAUUUUUGUGCCUGUUGGUGGUGGAGGGCUCAUAGCUGGCAUUGCUGCCUAUGUGAAAAGGGUCCGUCCAGAAGUGAAAAUUAUCGGAGUGGAACCGUUUGAUGCAAAUGCCAUGGCAUUAUCACUUCACCAUGACCGACGUGUAAUGCUGGACCAAGUGGGAGGCUUUGCUGAUGGAGUAGCAGUAAAAGUAGUUGGUGAAGAGACGUUCCGAUUAUGCAGGGAGCUGAUAGAUGGUGUAGUUCUUGUUGGUCGUGACGCAAUUUGUGCCUCAAUUAAGGACAUGUUUGAGGAGAAAAGGAGCAUUUUAGAACCAGCAGGUGCCCUUGCCUUAGCUGGAGCUGAAGCUUACUGCAAGUACUAUGGACUGAAGGAUGCAAAUGUAGUAGCAAUCACCAGUGGAGCUAAUAUGAACUUUGAUAGAUUAAGAUUGGUAACUGAACUUGCAGAUGUAGGUAGACGACGGGAAGCUGUACUUGCAACUUACAUGACAGAGGAGCCUGGAAGCUUUAAAGAAUUCUGUGAGCUAGUCGGACCAAUGAAUAUUACUGAAUUCAAAUACAGAUAUAAUUCAGAUAAAGGACAUGCUUUAGUACUAUACAGAGUUGGCCUUCAUACUGAAUCGGAACUUCAAGCAAUGAUCCAGAGAAUGGAAUAUGCUAAACUACAAACCAUAAAUCUCACAGAGAAUGACUUGGUCAAGGAUCAUUUGAGACACUUGAUGGGUGGAAGAUCAACUGUUAAAGAUGAGGUGCUAUGCCGUUUCAUUUUCCCUGAGAGGCCUGGUGCUUUGAUGAAAUUUUUGGAUGCUUUAAGUCCACGUUGGAAUAUAAGUUUGUUCCAUUACCGUGGGCAGGGAGAAACUGGUGCAAAUGUGUUAGUUGGCAUCCAAGUUGCUCGAACAGAAAUGGAGGAGUUCCGCCAUCGUGCAAACAGUCUUGGGUACGAGUAUGCAGUGGAAACUGCUAAUGAAGCAUUCCAGAUUUUAAUGCAAUAAAUAUAGAUUACACUGCACCGUGAUAUAUCCGUUGGAGCUCAUGCAGCUUUAUCUGGGAGCCCAUCGUCAGUUUUGGAUCAAAUUCGGAAAGGUAUGAACUCUUGGUUUGCCUAUGCAGCAGCGUCGUGCUUGAAGCCAUGUUCCGUGUAAGAGAAGUUAUAUGUAAAAUGAGAACCAUUUUGGUUUAAGUUCCUUGGAAGAGGUUUACUCUGCUGUGGGUACAAUGCCUCACAGUGGAUUGGUGAUUGCAACUUUGAUACUGAAAUAAUUUAGUUUGAUUUUUUUGGGUUGAGACGAUGAUAGCCUUAUUACUACUCCAUAUGGCAGCUCCUGACCCCUCUUCAUGGUUAUACCGUUGUACUCCAUAUUUUGGUACCUUGGAAUAUUAUCGACUUUAUAUAAUGUUGCAUGAGAGUGUUUGCAGAUGUAA